AUGCGACCUGUACCUCGCUUUCUACGCCGAGGCUGUUUCCUGACGGGCUCUGGACUGGGGUGCCGCAGUCUGGGAGGCCAGUGGUGCCUGGUCCCCUCACCUGAGGCUGGACCCAGUGAUGCCCCGCCUCCGCCUCUGGACAUCAAGGGAGGUCCGGCGUACUCGAUUGUGUGGGAUGUUCCGGAGGAGAAGAGGAAGUCCUGUGUGGCCAAGGGAAAGACAGAGGGUGACUGUAAUAACUACCUCCGUCUGUUGGAGUUUCUUGGAAACGGGUGGAUAUACGCCUGUGGAACCUAUGCUUUUGACCCACAGUGUGCCUUCCUGAACAUGUCUUCCUUCUCUCUGGAGCGAGGGGAGAAUGGAGUGGUGAGGAUGGAGACUGGGAAAGGGAAAUGUCCCUUUGAGCCCAGCCAGCACUAUACAGCUGUUAUGGCAGGAGGUAUCUUGUACACGGCCGCCACGAGUAACUUCCUGGGAACGUUGUUCGAUAUCUCCCGGGCAACCGGACAGGAGCAGGAACGUAUCCGCACCGAGAGAUCCAUCAACUGGCUCAGUGACCCAGAGUUUGUGUCGUCGGUGUUCAUACAGCAGGAUGAAGACAACAACCCACAGGGUGAAGACAACAAGAUCUACUUCUUCUUUACUGAGGUCGCCAAGGAGUACGACCUCUACACUAAGGUCAAAGUUCCCAGGGUCGCACGUGUCUGCAAGUCUGAUGUAGGUGGUAUGAAGACAUUACAGAAGCGGUGGACCACCUUCCUCAAGGCUCAGUUGGUGUGUGAGGACAGAGCCAGCGGACAGCGUUACAACAUACUGACUGAUGUCUACACAAAACAACACACAUCUGGAGACCCUAGCUCUACACACUUCUAUGGUCUCUUCACAUCUCAGUGGGAGCAUGAGGAGUUGUCAGCGGUGUGUGUCUACAGUCUGGCUGACAUCAGUAAAGUGAUGGACGGACCCUUUAAGGAACUGAAGAAGACCUGUGAGAACUGGAUCAACCCAGAACCAGUACCAACACCUAGACCUGGACAGUGUCUGAACAGUGCUCUGAGAGCGGAGGGCUUCGAGUCUUCUCUCAAGCUGCCGGACAAGGUGUUGACGUUUAUGAGAGACCACCCUCUGAUGGAGAACAACGUGAUCGCAGCGCCUCUACUGGUGAGGAGGGGCAUCACGUACACUAAAGUAGCUGUUACCAGGACGACUACGGGGUCGGACGAUGAUCAGAGAAACGCAGCUACCAACGCAGCCACCGUGCUGCACCUGGGAACAGAUCGUGGGGAGCUCCAUAGAGUACUGGUGGUAGGACACAUCACUACACUACUACAGGAGAUACCUCUCUUCUCUGCACAGGAACCUGUCAACAACAUACUGCUACACAAGGGGCAGGCUCUAGUAGGUACCCCCCUAUCCCUGGCCCGUGUGGGGGCAGAGGGAUGCAGCCUGUACCCCAGCUGUGAGGUGUGUGCCCGGGCCAGAACCCUGGGGUGUGUGUGGAGGGCCAAAGAGGGAGCCUGUGGCCCCAGCAUGACAGAGCCCAUCCAGGGACAGGAGGUAGAAGAUGCUCUGAAGCUGUGUGCCAGUGGAGAAGGUCGUUGUUCCCCUAUCCUGAGGGAGCUGCGUGUCUCUGUGGGUCUCCAUGUUCUGCUGCCCUGCGUCCAGGUGUCAACACGCCCCUGUACCUGGGAACACCCACCACACAGACACACCCGUCAACAUCACUCUGACCUGGAGGUCACUGUCACAGAGGAAAGCCUGGGGACAUACACCUGUCUCUGUCAGGAGGGUGGACCAGGGGGUAAGGAGGAGGGUCCUGCCUGUCGCAGAGCCUCCUACCAUCUCACCCUGAAGGGUCCCAGCGCUGGGGGGGCUGUGGCGAUGGCUGGAGGACGUCACCUACUGGCAAUCUACAUGCUCUGCUUCAUCCUGGGAGUCGCCCUCGGAUGCUUCCUUCUCUACUUCCUGUCCCGCCGACGCGGGAUUGGCCAGCGCCAUCCAGACCACUCCCUUUCCUCUGAGAAAGGGCAGGACCUGCUGGGCUCCUCGGCGACGCCGCAGUCACCUAGCAGCGGCAGUUUGCUGUCGGAGGGGUUCCCAUUAACGGAGAAGAGAGGAAAUGGAACGCUGCUACUGACACACCACCACGGCAACGGCAACGGUGGUCACCACGGCAACUACGGUGUCGCUGGCGGCAACGGCGGCUGCGAUGGUAACCACGGCAACGGCGGCGGCCACGGCAACGGCGGCUACGCCAACAACGCUAACUGUAACGUGCAGAUGGCAGCGAGCGCUGUGAAUGGGCUGAAGCUUCACGUUCAGGAGAUGGUGACGGACGAGAGGAGGGGGGGAGAGAGGGAGAGGAGGAGGCCGGAGGGAGGACAGGGGGAUGAGGAGGACGAGGGGCUAGGGGAGGGGUUGGGGGGACUGGAGCAGGAGUUAGCGGGGUUUGCGUUGUUUAAGUUACCAGCACCAUUAGCCCAGUGUGAGGAGAGUUCUAUCUGA